AUGUAUGCACUUGAGAAGCACUUGGUUUACAUUAUACACUGCAAGUGGUAACUGAACAACGACACCCAUUCUUGGUUUGCUUCCCACAACUCACCUUAUGGCCUCAAAUCAGCCGUUUAAUCUUUCUACCCCUGUGGUGUCUAUGCCAGGCAUAUGGGAUUUUUAAAGAGACUAUAGUGGGGCUGUAAUGUGAGCUAAUAGAAUUCAUGCACAGUUUGCACACACUCAUUCCGUCUGUAGGGCAGGGAGAUAAACAGUAACACCUGCACAGGUUACAGACUCAAUCCCCUGGGUUGUGUGUGUGUGUGUUUGAUGUUACACUGGUUGUCCUUUCACUAAUCUCCCGAGUGGCGCAGUGGUCUAAGGCACUGCAUUGCAGUGCUAGCUGUGCCACUAGAGAUCCUGGUUCGAAUCCAGGCUCUGUUGUAGCCGGCCGUGACCGGGAGACCCAUGGGGCGGCGCGCAAUUGGCCCAGCAUCGUCCAGGGUAGGAGAGGGAAUGGCCGGCAGGGAUGUAGCUCAGUUGAUAGAGCAUGGUGUUUGCAACGCCAGGGUUGUGGGUUCGAUUCCCACAGGGGGUAGGAAAAUAAAUAAAUAAUGUAAGUCGCUCUGGAUAAGAGCGUCUGCUAAAUGACUAAAAUGUAAAUGUAAUCCCCCCGUCCUCUCUCUCAGGUUAAGUAUUGGCCAGAGCCCUCUGACCCAGCAGGAGAAGCCAGUCACUCUAGGAGAGUAUCUAAGGCAGCUCUCCAAGCACAGAAACUUCAUGUGGUUCGCCUCUAUGAACCUGGUCCAGGUGUUUCACUGUCACUUCAACAACAACUUCUUCCCUCUGUUCCUGGAGCACCUCCUCUCUGACAGCAUCUCUGCCUCCACCGGCUCCAUUCUGCUGGGUAAGACCAGUACUGCUGGAUAUAUGCACCAUGACAAGGGAAGGGCCUCAUGUAUAGAAUGGGCUUAGUUUCAUACCCUGGUCCCAGAUCUGUUUGUGCUGUCUUGCCAAUUUCUAUGGCCAUUGUCACGUUUGGCCUGACAAUGACCAUAGGAGUUGGCAAGACGGCACAAACAGAUCUGGGACCAGGCUAUUAGUUUUUAUCUGUUUACAUUUUUGGAAGGAUGAGUUCUUAGAAUGUGAGGAAACACAAUUUAUCACUUGUCUCCAUACAUUAAUAAAUGUGGCUUUUCAGUCCACGGUCACACUUUAUUUGGAUAGUCUGGAUUUUCCAUCUGUAUAUGCUCAACAGAUGGUCAUACUAUCAACAAUCUAUCUGUUGAUAAGCAACUGCUUGUUAAGGUUAGGUUUAGAAUAAGGGUAUGGGAUAGGAUAAGGGUUAAGGUUAGGGUUAGAGCUAGGGUUAGUAGAUGGUUAGUUGAAAUGUUACUCAGUCUGUAGAUCGAUCAUCCAUCUGUAGAUGCUCUACAGACUAUCCAAAUAAAGUGUUACCCAGUCCACUAACAGCUGCUCUCGACGACUACUCACAGGGAUCUCCUACAUAGCACCCCACCUGAACAACCUGUAUUUCCUGACCCUGUGUCAGCGCUACGGGGUCUACACGGUCAUCCGCUGGCUGUUCGUGGUCAAGCUGGCUCUCAGUGUGGCCAUGCUGCUGGCCGGGGCCGACCAGGUCUACCUGCUGUGCAUCUUCAUCGCCAGGUACUGACGCACACACACACACACACACACACACACACACACACACACACACACACACACACACACACACACUUUCCUCAUUCAAUUGAAUACUGUACAUUACAUGCUAAUGUAAAAUACUAACAUAGUUUGCUAGAAAUGUUCAUAAGCAACACAUUUGUAUUUCAUUUUACAUAUCAAGGUCAUGUACUCAAGUCAUGGAAGUUAUUUUCAUAUCAAGGACCCAGUGUCAUGUGUUUUUCCAAUACUUGUCGAAGCUGAGCAAAUCAAUGAAGAUUCCCAGCUUACCCAGCAGUUUUGUGUGGCUCUGUUUGCAUUGGGCCUGGCUGGGUGUUGUGUGUCAGCCAACCAACCAAUCCCUUUAUCAACAUGGGGCUGGGUGCAGCCUACCACUAGUCCCCUUGGCACAGUGCCAUUGUUUUCAUAGACCACAAUGAGAUAAAGUCAUAGUGGAGGAGAGGCUUUUCUCUGUUGGUUUGGGCCUUUAUAUAAAUGCCUUGACCUUUUUAGCCCAGCAGGUUUCUUUUGCUUCUCCUUUUUCCCCCCCCUUCUAAACUCCUGCUCGGGAAAAUCUGUUGCAUAUUCCGAAGUAUUGUAUAUUAGCAGAUCAAAUCAAAAUCACAUUUUAUUUGUCACAUGCUUUGUAAAAAAUAGGUGUAGACUAACAGUGAAAUGCUUACUUACGGGCCCUUCCCAACAAUGCAGAGAGACAAAUAAUAGAAAGAUAAUAACAUGAGGAAUAAAUACACAAUCAGCAAUGACAACAUGGUUAUAUACACGGGGUACCAGAACCGAGUCGAUGCACAGGGGCACGAGGCAAUUGAGUCAGACACGCACAUACAGGUAGGGGCAAAGUGACUAGGCAACAGGAUAGUUAAUAAGCAGCAACGUAUGUGCUGAGUCAAAACAGUUAGUGCAAAGGGGAGGGUCAAUGCAGAUAGUCCAGGUAGCUAUUCGGUUAACUACACUGAACAAAAAUAUAAACGCAACAUGUAAAGUGUUGGUCCCAUGUUUCAUGAGCUGACAUAAAAGAUCCACAAAAUUUUCCAUACGCACUAAAAAGCUUAUUUCUCUCAAAUGUUGUACACACAUUUGUUUACAUCCCUGUUAAUGAGCAUUUCUCCUUUGCCAAGAUAAUCCAUCUACCUGACAGGUGUGGCAUAUCAAGUAGCUGAUUAAAGAGCACGAUCAUUACAUAAAUGCAGUGGUGUAAAGUACUUCAGUACAAAUACUUUAAAGUACUACUUAAGUAGUUUUUUGGGGUAUCUGUACUUUACUUUACUAUUCCUAUUUUUGCCAACUUUUACUUUUACUUCACUACAUUCCUAAAGAAAAUAAUGUACUUUUUACUCCAUACAUUUUCCCUGGAACUGAAAAGUACUCAUUACAUUUUGACAGGAAAAUGGUCCAAUUCAUGCACUUACCAAGAGAACAUCCCUGGUCAUCCCUACUGCCUCUGAUCUGGGGACUCACUAAACACAAGUGCUUUGUUUGUCAAUUGUGUUGGAGUGUGCCCCUGGCUAUCUGUAAAUACAAAUAAAUAAAUAAAAUUGUGCCAUCUGGUUUGCUUAAUAUAAGGAAUUUGAAAUGAUUUACAGUACCAGUCAAAAGUUUGGACACACCUACACAUUCCAGGGUUUUCCUUAUUUUGGCUAUUUUCUACAUUGUAGAAUAAUAGUGAAUACAUCAAAACUAUGAAAUAACACAUAUGGAGUCAUGUAGUAACCAAAAAAGUGUUAAACAAAUCAAAAUAUAUUUUAUAUUUGAGAUUCUUCAAAGUAGCCACCCUUUGCCUUGAUGACAGCUUUGUACACUCUUGGUAUUCUCUCAACCAGCUUCAUGAGGUAGUCACCUGGAAUGCAUUUCAAUGAACAGGUGUGCCUUGUUAAAAGUUCAAUUGUGGAAUUUCUUUCCUUCCUUCAGUUGUGUUGUGACAAGGUAGGGGUGAUAUACAGAAGAUAGCCCUAUUUGGUAAAAGACCAAGUCCAUAUUAUGGCAAGAACAGCUCAAAUAAGCGAAGAGAAACGACAGUCCAUCAUUACUUUAAGACAUGAAGGUCAGUCAAUCCGGAACAUUUCAAGAACUUUGAAAGUGCAGUUGCAAAAACCAUCAAGCGCUAUGAUGAAACUGACUCUCAUGAGGACCGCCACAGGAAAGGUAGACCCAGAGUUACCUCUGCUACAGAGGAUAAGUUCAUUAGCGUUACCAGCCUCAGAUUGCAGCCCAAAUAAAUGCUUCACAGAGUUCAAAUAACAGACGCAUCUCAACAUCUACUGUUCAGAGGAGACUGCGUGAAUCAGGCCUUCAUGGUCGAAUUGCUGCAAAGAAACCACUACUAAAGGACACCAAUAAUAAGAAGAGACUUGCUUGGACCAAGAAACACGAGCAAUGGACAUUAGACCGGUGGAAAUCUGUCCUUUUGGUCUGAUAAGUCCAAAUUUGAGAUUUUUGGUUCCAACCGCCGUGUCUUUGUGAGACGCAGAGAAGGUGAACGGAUGAUCUCCGCAUGUGUGGUUCCCACCGCGAAGCAUGGAGGAGGAGGCGUAAUGGUGUGGGGGUGCUUUGCUGGUGACACUGUCAGUGUGGUAGCCAGCAUGGCUACCACAGCAUUCUGCAGCGAUACGACAUCCCAUCUGGUUUGCGCUUAUUGGGAUUAUCAUUUGUUUUUCAACAGGACAAUGACCCAAAACACACCUCCCAGGCUGUGUAAGGGCUAUUUGACCAAGGAGAGUGAUGGAGUGCUGCAUCAGAUGACCUGGCCUCCAGUCACCCGACCUCAACCCAAUUUGAGAUGGUUUGGGAUGAGUUGGACCGCAGAGUGAAGGAGAAGCAGCCAACAAGUGCUCAGCAUAUGUGGGAACUCCUUCAAUACUGUUCGAAAAGCAUUCCUCAUGAAGCUGGUUGAGAGAAUGCCAAGGGUGUGCAAAGCUGUCAUCAAGGCAAAGGGUGGCUACUUUGAAGAAUCUGAAAUAUAAAAUAUAUUUUGAUUUGUUUAACACUUUUUUUUUUUUUGGUUACUACAUUAUUCCAUAUGUGUUGUUUCAUAGUUUUGAUGUCUUCAAUGAGUAGGUGUGUCCAAACUUUUGACUGGGACUGUGUACUUUUACUUUUUAUACUUAAGUAUAUUUUAGCAAUUCAAUUUACUUUUGAUACUUAAGUAUAUUUAAAACCAAAUACUUUUAAACAUUUACUCAAGUAGUAUUUUACUGGGUAACUUUCAAUUUUACUUGAGUCAUUUUCGAUGACAAUUGAGUACUUUUUCCACCACUGCAUAAAUGUGCAGUUUUGUCACACAACACAAUGCCACAUUGUCUCAAGUUUUGAGGGAUCUUGCAAUUGGCAUGCUGACUGCAGCAAUGUCCACCAGAGCUAUUGCCAGAGAAUUUGUUUAUUUCUCUACCAUAAGCUACCUCCAACGUCGUUUUAGAGAAUUUAGCAGUAUAUCCAACUGACCUCACAACCGCAGACCACGUGUAACGACGCAGGACCUCCACAUCUGGCUUCUUCACCUGCGGGAUCAUAUGAGACCAGCCACCUGGACAGCUGAUGAAACUGUGGGUUUGCACAACUGAAGAAUUUCUGCAAAAAUGGUCAGAAACCGUCUCCGGAAAGCUCAUCUGCGUGCUCGUCGUCCUCACCAGGGUUUUGACCUGACUGCAGUUCGCCGUCGUAACAGACUUCAGAGGGCUGUUCAGGGUCCUGUUGGUUCCGGACUUGGUGCAUCGGUACCGCUUGCCAUGCGGUAGUAGAGAGAACAGUCUAUGACUUGGGUGUCUGGAGUCUUUGACAAUUUUUAGGGCCUUUCUCUGACACCGCCUGGUAUAGAGGUCCUGGAUGGCAGGGAGCUCAGCCCCAGUGAUGUACUGGGCCGUACGCACUACCCUCUGUAGAGCCUUGCGGUCGGAUGCCAAGCAGUUGCCAUACCUAGCGAUGAUGUAGCCAGUCAAGAUGGUCUCAUUGGUGCAGCUGUAUAACUUUUUGAGGAUCUGAGAGCCAAUGCCAAAUCUUUUCAGCCUCCUGAGGGGGAAGAGGCGAUGUCGUGCCUUCUUCACGACUGUAUUGUGUGUGUGUGUGUGUGUGGACCAUGUUAAUUCCUUAAUGAUGUGGACACCGAGGAACUUGAAGCUCUUGACGCGCUCCACUACAGCCCCAUCGAUGUGAUUGGGGGCAUGCUCCGUCCUCCGUUUCCUGUAGUCCACUAUCAGCUCCUUUUUGUCUUGCUGACGUUGAGGCAAAAUUGGAAACGGUGUUUACAAUACUUCAGUAAUGGCUCUGAAAUAUGCUUAUACUCUUGUGCUCCUUCUCCCCCUCCCAAGUAACCGGGUAUUUACGGAGGGCACCUGCAAGCUGUUGAACCUGGUCAUCACAGAUCUGGUGGACGAGGACUUUGUGGUGAACCGGCGCCAGCAGGCAGCGUCAGCGCUGCUCUUCGGCAUGGUGGCCCUUGUGACCAAGCCUGGCCAGACCUUUGCUCCUCUCAUCGGCACCUGGCUGCUGUGUGUCUACACAGGUAUACAUGGGCAGAGGGGCAAAAGCACAAAAGUCUGUUUUAAAUACAGGCUCCUCGAAGAUGCAGAAAUCAGUCACUGUGAAUGAACUAGAAUCAAACCAAUUUCACUAACCUUACUCUAGGCGGAUUCCCACGCAUUCAUGCCUGUUCUUUAUUCUCUCUCUUUAUUUCCAGGCUACGAUAUCUUUGAGAGAAACUCCAUACAGGACUCUGUAGCAGCAAUGGCAUCCCCUGUCUCAGGCCAAGCAGGCUCCACUGUUCCACUGCGCCAGGGCUGUUUCUACCUGCUAGUGUUUGUGCCCAUCUCCUGUGCCCUGCUACAGCUACUGGCCUGGUCCCGCUUCACCCUCCACGGUCGCAGACUGCAGGACGUCAAGGCCCAGAGGCAGGGAACCCAGCACAGCCACCUCAUGGACAUCAAGGCCAUCUGA